AUGAACCAGUUAGUUGAAAGCUCUGCUAAUUCUCAAAGGGUCUCUAGAGUUCAAGCUCCACUGGUGGACUCCGUGUCAUGCUACUGUAAAGUAGAUUCAGGCCUGAAAACAGUAGCCGGGGCAAGGAAAUUUGUUCCAGGAUCGAAGAUAUGUAUCCAACCUGACAUAAACCCGAAUGCACAUAGGAACAAAAACUUGCGUAGAGAGAAGACCAGAGUUCAACCUCCUCUGCUACCUGGUCUUCCCGAUGAUCUUGCUAUUGCUUGUUUAAUCCGUGUACCGCGCGUUGAGCACAGGAAACUGCGUUUGGUUUGCAAGAGAUGGUAUCGCCUUCUGUCUGGAAAUUUCUUUUAUUCGCUCAGGAAAAGUCUCGGAAUGGCAGAAGAAUGGGUUUAUGUCAUCAAAAGAGACCGUGAAGGAAAAAUUUCAUUGCACGCUUUCGACCCAAUCUACCAAAUAUGGCAAUCCCUUCCGCCUGUUCCUGCCGAAUAUUCCGAAGCGUUAGGAUUUGGUUGCGCUGUUCUUAGUGGUUGCCACUUGUACUUGUUUGGUGGAAGAGAUCCAUUGAAGGGAUCUAUGAGGCGUGUCAUUUUCUACAACGCUCGCACAAAUAAAUGGCACAGAGCACCAGAUAUGCUGCGGAAACGUCAUCUUUUUGGUUCUUGUGUAAUAAAUAAUUGUCUCUACGUUGCUGGUGGGGAAUGUAAAGGAAUUCAAAGAACUCUUAGAUCUGCUGAAGUUUAUGACCCGAACCGGAACAGGUGGAGCUUUAUCUCUGAAAUGACCACAGCUAUGGUUCCUUUUAUCGGUGUUAUUCAUAACGGCACGUGGUUUUUGAAGGGUCUCGGGUCUAAUCGCAAUGUCAUAUGUGAAUCCUAUUCACAUGAAACCGAUACAUGGACUCCAAUAAGUAAUGGAAUGGUCAACGGAUGGCGUAAUCCGAGUAUCUCACUGAAUGGACAACUCUAUGCACUUGAUUGCCAGGACGGCUGCAAGCUCAAAGUAUACGAUGGGGCGACCGAUUCCUGGAAGAAGUUCAUCGAUAGCAGGCUUCAUUUAGGUAGUUCUCGUGCUCUUGAUGCUGCUGCUCUUGUCUCACUUAAUGGAAAGCUAUGCAUUAUCCGCAACAAUAUGAGCAUUAGUCUAGUCGAUGUUUCAAGUCCGAACAAACGCGUCGAAAGCAAUCCUCACCUUUGGGAAAAUAUUGCUGGAAAAGGUCCUGUUAGGUCUUUAGUUAGAAAUAUAUGGUCGACUAUCGCAGGACGCAGUGGUUUGAAGAGUCACAUUGUUCACUGUCAAGUUCUUCAAGCCUGA